CCAACAGCUUGUCCUGUGUCUAUUGCCUUGAUCCAUUUUUCUGUAAUAGAUAUUAGUGCUGUUUCACACGAGUGAUUAUUGCGAAAUCCUGACUGAUUUGUGUGAAUUAAAUUAUUUUCUUCAAUGUAUGAUCUAAUAGAAAGUGAAACAUGGCUCUCUAAUAUUUUUGACAGUGCAGGAAGAAUAGAUAUUGGUCUGUAGUUGUUUCUAUCUGUUUUUGAGCCUUUCUUGAAAAUUGGUGUCACUUUUGCUGUCUUAAAUAGGGCUGGAAAUACUGAACUUUCAAGGCUGAUAUUGAAUAUUUUUGUUAGUGGUUUGGUAAUUACAUUAGCACUAAUUUUUAGAAAUUUUGGCCCAAGACCAUCCAGACCUGUUGAUUUACUUGUAUCUAGUGAUUUUAGUUGUUUAAGUACAAAUUCUUCUGAAAUAGGUGGAAUAGAGAAUUUUUGUGAUUGUGUAAUGUGUGAUUGGACAAAAGACUGUAGUUUUGUUCUGUGCUGGUCUGAUAUGUGUUCUGAUACUUCAGGUGCACUUUUGAAUAUGUUUACAAAGUAGUUGUUGAAUAUAUUGGCUGUUUCUUCAGGAUUUAGUUCACAAUGAUCUUAUAUUUCAGUUAUAAUGUGGGUUUACUUUCUUUUCUGCAAUUCGUACAAAUGUAGAUAAUCUUUUACGUUAAACAAUAUAGAACUUUUCACAAUACAAUUUCAUGAUUUUGUUUCAUAUGGCGACAUUCAACCUUUAUUGUCAAGAUGCCCCUUCGGACGUUUUGCACAAUCCGGAUUUUUUUUCAAAUACUGACAGGCGCUUUUCAGGCAUUGAUGAGCGUGGGCUUCUUUCCGGAUGGCUUCGGAAUGCACUUUGUCAGUAUCCAUAUGGAUAUUAUCGUAUCUGAUCAGCUGAUAUCAACCUUAGAGCGUGUACGCAAUGCUGCUGAUUCAAGAGACACAAUAAAAGAAUUUACUGUCCUAAAUGAUCUUAGGCGUGAAAAAAAAAUGUUUGUUUCCUGUAUCCCGACCUACACGAAAUUUUGGCCCGACCCUAAAUGUUUUUUAUGGCCCUGGAGAAUUUUUUUUCAACUUUUGAACAAAAGCAUGUUACCGGAAACAAAGAAUUUUUUAGGCCUUAGGAAUAUGAUAAAGAGUAGAAGAGCACAAAGGCGAAAGAGAACAUUUCCGUUUCUCUUGCUGCCAAUGCAUAUACAGAAAACUGCAUCAAUGCAAACCCAGCUAUGCAGUUUGUCAUUGCCAUGGUGGGUGAACUGUUCAGAUAAUUUAAUCGGUUUAAUGGCUAUUCAAAAGCCAAGAAUCUAUAUAUCACCAGAUAUACGAUUGAAUCAUCAUCGAAAUCUCGUCGGCAUUCGUUUUCUUUUUAUGCGGACAGGGAGAAAUAAUAAAAAACCCAAGAUGGGUAAAUGCCUGGCUACGUUUGCGCAAGAGUGGUAUACACUGGCAUGAUGUAGUAGACAUAACAUAUUCAACACACAGCGCUGUCAAAGUGAAACGGUGCAGUGAACAUACAUGCUUGAAAAUCAUUCUGACAGCCUGUUAUAAAACCUAGAUUGUAUUUAAAUUAUGACAAUGCUGUUUAGCUCUUUAAAAUCACUUUUGGAAAUUAUCAGUGUUGUUUGUAUUCAAGUUAUAAAGAUAGUGUCGUUCAUGGACACGAUUCAUUUUUAAGUUUAUGAUAUACCGAUUACAUUCGUACGACAAGAUUACAAAUUAACCGAGAUAGUUCUGAAAGCGUUGGUUAUUUUUUUUUAUAUCAUUACCAUGUAAUAUUGUUCAUUGACAUAAUUCUAUCGUUAGUUAACAUUGUAAUACUAGUAGUGCUUGUACGAGAAUAUUAAUAAUCGAAAGAGUGGUUAUAAGUAUAUUGCUUUUAAAAGUUAUGAAACGCUCAAUUGUUCUCUUUAAUUGGAUACCCCUAAUAGCUUGUUAUAAGCACAUUGUUUUGUGAGCUAAACGGUGAUUGUUAUGCGAGUUAAAUGUGCAUGCUUAUUAUGUGCAUAAGCUAUUAAUAAUAUGAUCAAAUUUUAAAGCAGCCCUGUAUGGCACGCCAAUUGUUCAAUAAUUACGUGAACCCAGGUUAGCGGUUGAAAAACUAGCAUUAACGAUCGAUAAACCAGGUUUUUCGAGUACUAACCUAUAUUUUCGAAAAUAUAAGAUAACGGGCGUAAACCAUAGUUCAAGCUCGUGAACCCAUGUUUACGUUCGACAAUCUAGGUUUCUCGAUUGAACUAUGAAUUUCGGUCGUUAUCCUAAGUUCAUGAGUGUGAACCUAUGUUUACGGGCGUAAACCUGGGAACAUGAGCGUAUACCAUAGUUUACAAACGUGAACAGAUGUUAACGACCGCGAACUCGGGUUUACGACUGUGAACAUGGGUCUGCAACCAUAGGUGCACGCUCGUGAACAUAGAAUAACGACCGAAAAUCAUAGGUUUGUUCGAUAAAACUUCUUUAUCGAACGUGAACCUAGUACUAUGGUUGACGCUCUUAAACCCAAGUUCACGGUCGUAAACAGUGGUUCACGGUCGUAGACAUAGGUUCACUUCCGCAAACUAUGAUUGGCGCCAAGCCAAUUAUCCAGUCAUUACGUUCUUAGUCGAAAAACUAGGAUUAUCGAUUUCUUACCUAUAUUUUCGAGUAAGUUUACUCUAAGUUUACGAGCGUGAACCUAUGUUUACCUGCGUGAACCAUAGCUUACAAACGUGAACCUAUGUUUACGACCAACAAUCAUAGUUGUAGUAAUCGUACUGGUGGUGGUGGUAGUGGUGGUAGUGUGGAAGGCAGCACGAGCCAUUGACUACGAAAUUAGGCAAGGGGAGAUAAAAGCAACACAGGAACAUACAUAUUUCAAACAAACUUGGGCAAAAUUCAACAAAACUGAUGAUAUUGGUACUUGCCAAAUCUGUUAUACAGAAGAAGAAACAAUAGAAUAGAGAGAAGUGGAACACUUUCUCACUCGCUGUCCAAGUUGAACUUCUUAACGAAACAAAGGGAUAAAAAUGAUGGAAGAUCUUAUGAAUCAAAUUCAACCAGGCAACUUUGCAAAUAUUAGAAUGAGCAACCUACUACCACAGCCUAUUCUUGAUUGCACCCAUAGAUCAAUCACAGCUUUGAUAAUUGUUGUUUGUUUUGGGUUUAACGCCGUUUUUGAACAGUAUUUCAGUCAUGUAAUGGCGGGCAGUUAACCUAACCAGUGUUCCUGGAUUCUGUACCAGUACAAACCUGUUCUCCGCAAGUAACUGCCAACUUAAUCAGAGGUGGAGGACUAAUGAUUUGAGACACAAUGUCGUUUAUCAAAUAGUCACGGAGAACAUACGCCCCACCCGAGGAUCGAACUCACGACCCCACGAUCCGUAGACCAACGCUCUUCCUACUGAGCUAAGCGGGUGGGAUCACCAGUUUGAUAAAACCCACUAGAAAAGAGGUAAUAAACAUUGAGAGGGCAAGCCAAUCAAUGUGUUACAGACUCCAUCUAGCUAGAGUGCAUUUACUUAAACCCAGCCACACUUGUUAAACCCCAAAAUACAGACUACACAUAGUUGCUAAUAAAUAAGCUUUGUAUAAACUUUGAUACAGACUAUAGACAGUACCAAAAGUGAAGUAUUGAUUUUAGCUAGCGUGUGUAUGCCUACAUACCACUAAUGGAUUUAAGAUGACUGUGUAAAUAGGCAUGACAAGUGUUAUUCUAGUUGGAUUUACUGUGUUUCUAGUGACUAUAUAUCUACUACUCCACUAGGAGGUGCGCAAAUACAAGUUGCGGAAGUUACCAGUACAAAGCAAAGUAUGGCGAGCGUUCCAGAAUUGCAACUUUAAGUUUUUAUUCGCGUGACGGUAGAAAUUCUGACGGUGAUCAUGUAUAAAAUUUACUUUUCUAUUUAAGUUUAUCGUUAAAUAACAUGUCAGCACAAAAUGCAGAUCAAUAUAUACAGUUAUAGGACAAGGGGUAGCUGGAGAAUCAAUUUUGAUUUUGAACUUUCAGGGUUGUUGUCUUGUCAGCAUGAUGUCCCAUUAAGAAUCAGCAUGUAGAGACAGUUCCAAGGAGAAGAAACAGUGCAAGUACAAUAAUACAUGUGGCUACAACUUCUGGCGGGAUACAACUGCAAUUACAGUUCCAUCUUCUAUGCAUAGUAAAAGGCAAAGAUAAUUAAAAUUGGUUGGAAGAAGAAUAAAUCACUAGUGGAAAUUGGAUGAUGUUACAUUGAAAUGGUAUAUGGGCACAGUACUUUCCACAACAAAGGGCAAUCCACAUACAGUGUACCAAGUGUUAUAUGAUGGUGAAGACAAGGCAUAUGAUGUUGAGGACCUUCAAAAUGAUUAUCUUGACGGUUAUUUGAAAUUUACUGAUUUAUAAGCAAAAUAUUGCUCAGUUGCACUAGUGCAGACUAUAUCCUGACUUUUCCCAUUCAUGAAGUUUGUUUAUAUGGUGAACUAGGAAUUUAUCUCGUCUUCAAAAAUUGGCUACAUUACAGUAAGACAAACUAUUUCUGCGCCGGUGGGAGUAGUGAGUAGUAAAUUUUUCAACUUGCCAAGAGAAAAUGCCACAACCAUAACUUCAAAAAUCCAACGAGUUACCACAUCACAAUCCAGAUUGUACAGCCGCACCGCAACGCCAGCCAGCCGUUUCAGCCCCGCAACCGAUGGAUCUGAACCCGCAACAACUUGAGGUUGUGGUGAGCCGUGUUUCAGAACACCUCCGUCUUGUUUGAGCAGCAAAGGAUCAUUUUGGCUGAGGAUUCGGCUGCACUGUCGGACAGUGUUGCACAAAAUGAAAAUGAGUGUGCCAACGUUUUUUGAAACAGUGUCUGUCUGUUUAUCACGAGUGCUUGAAGCUAUUGGUGUGAACGAAGGGACUGUAACAAAAAGAAGAAAGUUGUAUCACGAAGCUGAAGUGAUUAGAGAGAUGGGAUUUCACUUGACCAGUAAGAUAUGUGAAAAGCCAUUUUUACAAGGUUUCCAAAUAUAUCAUUUUGGAAGUAAAAUUGAAGGUUCAACAACGCUUGGUCUUAAAUCUGACGUGGACCUAGUGCAUUGUAAUCCAACAUUAUUUAACAUUGUUGAAUCAGUAACACAAACAGCUGACUGUUUCAUGAACCUGAUGAUGGUGAAAGAUAAAACAACACCACAUGGUCACGCCAGGCUGUGUUUUGUUGAUAUCAUUGGUAAAAGCUCCAAUGAUAUUGAAUUGUGCAAUGAUGAUUUACCGUAUCACUAUGAUUUUGUGGGAAGAAAGUUCCUGCACAACACAUUUUUUACAAAUAUGUUAGGGGAUCGUUUUACUGACAAUUUAGUUCCAAACCUUCAACAUGGCCCAUCUUUGUAUUAUUUCAAUACAGACAAUGUUAGUGCUUUCCAUGUUCCACCUGCGCUGUCUAUGACCACAGAGAACAUCCAUCGUUUCCACAGUUAUAACUGGCCGACCACACAACUAAUUGAUAAACUGAGAGCAACAAAAGGUUUUCUAGUACCUGUUGGUCAUACUCAAAGUGAAAACGCUUUCAUUGAAUGGCGAAUUUCAAAAUCAUUUGCCGAGAGAAUGCUUGUAUUUGAUUUCAAUAUUACGCAACUAAGAUGUUUGGUUGUUCUUAAGAUGAUAAAGAAAUCAUUUUUCCAACCUGUCAUUGGAGACGAGUCAUUAGAGUCAUUUACCAGCUACCACUGCAAGACAACUUUAUUCCACACUAUAGCAAGAACACGCCCAUCCCUUUGGAGAGAAGAUCGACUGCUUGAAUGUUUGAUGUGCUGUAUCUCUACAUUACGUCAUUUCCUUUUGAGCAAUUAUUGUCCGCAUUUUUUCGAUCUAAAUGUAAACCUUUUCUACGGAAAGUUGACCCCAUGGUGUUGUAAAAAACUAAUCUGUGUGGUCACAAAUCUCCAAAACAAUAAUCUUCGAUGCUUGUUACAAGUGAAAAGUGAUAGCCUUGGAGAAAGAAUAAUGUGCAUGCAAGGAAUUUUGAGAAUGGACUCUUUUCCAUCCCGCGACUUAGUAGAAAAGCAGAUGCUUGUUGAAAUCGUAUAUGACAUAAAUCGUUUCCUGAUUGAAUACUCAAGACUUCCAUAUGUAAACAUGCAUGAUCAAACAUUAAAAAAGCAGAUAUAUGCUGGUUUCAUGUUGCUGAAAGAAGUGUUGUAUUUAAUGAAGUUUGGACGCGCAACAGAACGAACAGCUGCUCGAUUGCUUUUACCUCAUUUUAUCUCAAAACACGCUUCACUAAUUUCAGCGUAUAGACUGAAAAAGAAACAACCAAUAUCUGAGGAUAUUACUGAUAUGUUUAAAAUCGGGUUUCAAGCCGAUGCAACUUCAAACAGAUUAAAACUAGCUUCAGUCUUAUAUUGCAACGGUGAAUUAAGCGAAGUGGUCAAAAUCCUAAAAGAAGUAGAAGAGAAAUAUGCAUCUAGCGUUUUACCGAUAUGUUUUCAAUUAAUUUUCACAUUUGCAUUUCACUGGGAGAAAUUCUUCAAGACGGCUCCAGGUACACUUGAAGUCGACCGCUGCCGAGAUGCUUUUUCGGCAUGUGUUGAAUACAUGAAAAAAGAUAUUUGGUGUUGCCCAAUAGGAUUAAGAAGGUCCCUUCUUGUGAAUGAAAAGUCAAGGCAGGAUAUAAUUUCUUUUAAUUGUAAAUUCGGGAUUGAAGUGGACUCAAGAACGAUGCUAUAUUACCUAGAGUAUUUGACGUAUGACAGACUUUCACUUCAGAUGAAAACAAAAGCACUUAAAAAUUUGAUGCAAUGCGUCUUGGGAAAUCCUGACAAAUGGUUACAAUAUUUCUUUGAUAUUGCAAAUAGAGAGGAAAAAUAUGUCAUUGAGGCGUACCGAGACCGAGUGUUUGCGUACCCGGAAGAUAAAUACAUUAAAAGCUACCAUGAGGUAGUUACUCCCGAACUAUGCAAGACCAUGGCAAAACAUCCAUGGGGAAACAUUCGACUAUGUCUGUGUUACGCUUUUCACAAAUGUUCAAUCGUUCAGCAUAUGAACAUGGCUUUGCUUCUUACUGGAUAUUGUUUUGAAACAGAGAAGAAAACAGAGUUUGCAAGCGCAUUCUACUGGAUGUCUUUUCUUGUAGAACCGUCGAGAGCAACUGCAGAUCAUGUUAUGAGGGUUUGUCCUAAAACAUCAAUUUCCCAAUAUUUCAUUAACUAUUACAGCGGAAUGGCUCGCAUGUCGUAUACGAAAAAACUUGAAAUAGGAUUAAUACCUGAAAUUGUUGAAGCAUUCACAAAUGUUUUGGAAGCAAGCAUGUAUUUAGGUUCAUUACAGAAGGCAAAUCUGCAGUUAGGCAUAAACAGAUCAAGGUUUUAUGUGUGUAUUGUUAAUGCAUUGAUCAGAAAAUACGAUAAGGAUGAAAACAAAUAUUAACGCGUGAAAAUAGGUGAAGGAGCGGGAAUAUUGUUGCUGAUAAAAGCUAUGUGGAGAAUAAGUAUAAUUAUUAAACAAUCUGUUCCCACAUGCCAUGGACAAGGAUCAGCUAAACAAUUCAAGAGGUGUUCAAUAAAUACAUAGACUGGCUCUACAACUCCCAUUAUGUGCAAUUUAGGGUAACUACUUGGUACCGCUAUAACCAGUGACAUGUCAGCUAGCAACUGUAUAUACUUAUUAAAAUAGAAUGACGUCACCCAGCAAAAAAAAAACAAAAAAAAAACAAACAAAAAAAACCCAAACAAAUUAAUAUCUGCAAAUAAAAUUACAUACAUUUCUGCACUAAAAUUCACUUACACUCCAUAAAUACAAUUAAUAACAUUUAAGUGAUGUCUUCUUAAAACUUAACAUCUAUCGGUCAUUUGCCUUUGAAAUAAACAGCAUUUUGUUUAAGACAGUGAUACGUGUUUACCUAUUCAUCAACUUGAUACGGCAUAUAUACACCCAAAGAUAUAUUGUUUCAUAAAUUCCAAAGAAAUAAAUGUCUACACUAUCUAAUAUCUACAUACUUCAGUUAAGGUAUUGGACCCGUAAUAGAGUACCUCCUUUUUGAAGUAUUGAGUAUUCAAUUCCUACCAUAAACCUACUUUGACUGCAAUUUUCAGGGGUGCGUAGGUUCAAGCCUCACUGGGACCCAUUUUUUUCCAUAAUUUCCUUUUUUUCUAGUAAGUUUUUGCUUCUUUCAAGACUUAUUAUGGAUGUUUUGUACAAAAGUGGAAAAUUUUCAUUUUAUAAGCGAUUUCUUGCUGUUCAAAGUGAAUUUACCUCUGAAUGAGGAGGGGUAGAGUUCGACAUCUUUAAAAAAUACUGAGUUACAUUUUUCUGUUUUGCCUUCUUUCUUUAGAUUACAUAUUGUGGAAGAAAUGCAGGUAGGUUUUACUUAUGCCUCAAGAUUAUUUUUGAAUGAAGUGAGCAAAAUUUAAAACAGACCUACAGGAUUCAACUUUAAUUUUUAAAUGUUGAAGUUAGAAUUCUGUCUCAUUAAAUCUGUUUACUUUAGGCAUACUAGAACAAUUAUAUUUACAGUUUUAUUUUGUGUUUUAUAAUUGUUUUAACAAUAGUUUGGUGUUUCUUUCAUCAAAAUUAAUGCUGUAAUGAAUUCUCUGCAAACAUUUUAGAUAGUGGCCAUCACAUUGAAAUUUGUCUCUAUUUGAGCUUAAGGAAAGUCCAUAAAUUAUACAAAAUUUACAAAAAACAGCACGGUAAAAGUUGUUUAAAAUUUGCCACACGGUGCGAAACAUGGUUACCUUUAAGAAUAUACCGAGCAAAGGCCAUUUUUAAAACAUUACUAUUAGGGGUCUAAUACCUUAAAUGUAUCUGUUACGUUAACCAAGAUUGAUAUCGUUUUGAAAAUGAAAACAUGUAUUCUUAUUCUUUUAAGAAUUAACAAUUGAGAAAUAAUUUAUAACAAAAGAGUGUUUUAACACAAUUCAUGCACGAUGGGCGGUUAUACGCCCUCGUGAAAUUAUUUGUACGACGUAUUACCACCCGAGUAUAUAAAUAGUGUUAAAACACUCUUUUGCUAUAAAUUAGUUCGAUUCUAAUAUGCCCUUAAUGUAAAACAGUAGACAAAAUAUAGUAGCGCUCCUUAUUGGUCUCAUCAAAAUCAUUGACAUUACCGCACGUUAACGUGACGUCAUUCUAGCGUAAACGUGUUUUAACAGAGACAAGCAUAUUAGAAUGUAAAAUAUUGUUUUGUUUAUUUUGGGUUUAACGCCGUUUUUCAACAGUAUUUCAGUUAUGUAACGGCGGGCUGUUAACCUAACCAGUGUUCCUGGGUUCUAUACCAGUACAAACCUGUUCUCCUUAAGUAACUGCUAAACAGAGGUAGAGGACGGAUGAUUUCAGAUCUUCUAUCCUUUAUUCUCUGAAAUUGCAUUUAAAUGUGUAAUCUCCACAUAUAUAUGGAGGAUAAUAUAUAAAUAACAAUUUCAUCGAUUUU